UGGGCCUGCGCUUGUGCGACAAGCUGGGGAAGAACCUGCUGCUCACACUGACGGUGUUGGGUGUCAUUCUGGGGGCAGUAAGUGGAGGGCUUCUUCGUUUGGCAUCUCCUAUCCACCCUGAUGUGGUGAUGUUAAUAGCCUUCCCAGGGGACAUACUCAUGAGAAUGCUAAAGAUGCUCAUUCUCCCUCUAAUCAUCUCCAGCUUAAUCACAGGGUUGUCUGGCCUGGAUGCUAAAGCCAGUGGCCGCUUAGGCACAAGAGCCAUGGUGUAUUACAUGUCCACAACCGUCAUCGCUGCUGUGCUGGGGGUCAUCCUGGUCUUGGCCAUCCACCCAGGGAACCCCAAACUCAAGAAGCAGCUGGGGCCUGGCAAGAAAAAUGAUGAAGUGUCCAGCCUGGAUGCCUUUCUGGAUCUCAUUAGAAAUCUCUUUCCUGAAAACCUUGUCCAAGCCUGUUUUCAACAGAUACAAACCGUGACAAAGAAGGUCCUGGUGGCACCUCAGUCAGAAGAGGAGGCCAAUGCAACCAAUACUGUCAUCUCCCUGCUGAACGAGACCGUGACUGAGGCACCUGAGGACACCAAGAUGGUCAUCAAGAAGGGCCUGGAGUUCAAGGAUGGGAUGAAUGUCUUAGGUCUGAUAGGGUUUUUCAUUGCUUUUGGCAUCGCCAUGGGGAAGAUGGGAGAGCAGGCCAAGCUGAUGGUGGAAUUCUUCAACAUUUUGAAUGAGAUUGUAAUGAAGUUAGUUAUUAUGAUCAUGUGGUACUCUCCCCUGGGUAUCGCCUGCCUAAUUUGUGGGAAGAUCAUUGCGAUCAAGGACUUAGAGGUGGUUGCUAGGCAACUGGGGAUGUAUAUGAUAACGGUGAUUGUGGGCCUCAUCAUCCAUGGAGGCGUCUUUCUCCCCUUGAUUUACUUUCUAGUGACCAGGAAAAACCCUUUCUCCUUCUUUGCUGGCAUUUUCCAAGCUUGGAUCACUGCCCUGGGUACUGCUUCCAGUGCUGGAACUUUGCCGGUUACCUUUCGUUGCCUGGAAGAAAAUCUGGGGAUUGAUAAGCGUGUGACCAGGUUUGUCCUCCCCGUGGGAGCAACCAUUAACAUGGAUGGUACAGCCCUUUAUGAAGCGGUGGCAGCCAUCUUUAUAGCCCAAAUGAAUGGCGUUGUCCUGGACGGAGGUCAGAUUGUGACUGUGAGCCUCACAGCCACCCUGGCCAGUGUUGGUGCUGCCAGCAUCCCCAGUGCUGGGCUGGUCACCAUGCUUCUCAUUCUGACUGCUGUGGGCCUGCCAACAGAAGACAUCAGCCUGCUGGUAGCUGUGGACUGGCUGCUGGACAGGAUGAGAACUUCAGUCAAUGUUGUGGGUGACUCUUUUGGGGCUGGAAUUGUCUAUCACCUCUCCAAGUCUGAACUGGAUUCUAUUGACUCCCAGCACCAAGUGCAUGAAGACAUUGAAAUGACCAAAACUCAAUCCAUUUAUGAUGACAUGAAGAACCAUAGGGAAAGCAACUCUAAUCAAUGUGUCUAUGCGGCACACAACUCUGUCAUAGUAGAUGAGUGCAAGGUAACUCUGGCAGCCAACGGAAAGUCAGCCGACUGCACUGUUGAGGACGAGCCUUGGAAACGUGAAAAAUAAGGAUAUGACUCAGCAAAUUCUUGAAUAAACUCCCCAGUGUAUCGUAUGAUAGAGGAUGAUAUGGAGAUUAAACAAGAUUUCUUUAAAAAAAAAAAAAA